AUGGACACACAAGCAGGAAUAUCUCAGAAGGACAUCUAAUGUUAUCCCCGGAUUGUGACAUAAAAGAUAAUGACAGCAGACAGGAUUCUCCAGGAGAUAACCCCAUUACCCCAAUUAUACAUCCAGCUCUAUCAGCUGAUCCCUCUGAUCCUGGAAAAUGUUCUCCUGAUCACUCUGAUAUUGGUGUAUCUGUUACACCUCUGACAGUAGAUAUAGAGUUUCCCUGUUCUAUAGGUGCCAGAUGUUUUACACAGAACACAAAGCCUAUUAACCCACAGACAGGUAACGCAAGUGAGAGGCCAUUUCUAUGUUCUGAGUGUGGGAAAUGUUUUACAUACAAAUCAGAUCUUGUUGCACAUCAGAGAAUUCACACAGGUGAGAAGCCAUUUCCAUGUUCUGAGUGUGGGAAAUGUUUUGCACACAAAUCAGAUCUUAUUAAACAUCAAAGAUAUCACACAGGUGAAAAGCCAUUUCCAUGUUCUGAGUGUGGGAAAUGUUUUGCACACAAAUCAGAUCUUGUUAUACAUCAGAGAAUUCACACAGGUGAGGAGCCAUUUCCAUGUUCUGAGUGUGGGAAAUGUUUUGCACGCAAAUCAGAUCUUGUUAUACAUCAGAGAAGUCACACAGGUGAGAAGCCAUUUUCAUGUUCUGAGUGUGGGAAAUGUUUUGCACACAAAUCACAUCUUGUUAGACAUAACAGAAGUCACACAGGUGAGAAGCCAUUUUCUUGCUCUGAGUGUGGGAAAUGUUUUAUCCAGAAAUCACAUCUAGUUAUACAUCAAAGAAGUCACACAGGUGACAAUCCAUUUCCAUGUUCUGAGUGUGGUAAAUGUUUUGCACAGAAAUCAGAUCUCAUUAAACAUAAGAGAAGUCACACAGGUGAGAAGCCAUUUUCUUGCUAUGAGUGUGGGAAAUGUUUUACCUGUAAAUCACAACUUGUUACACAUCAGCGAAGUCACAGGUGAGAAGACAUUUCCAUGUUCUGAGUGUGGGAAAUGUUUUGCACACAAAUCAGAUCUUAUUAAACAUGAGAGAAGUCACACAGGUGAGAGGUCAUUUUCUUGCUCAGAGUGUGGGAAAUGUUUUACAUGGAAAUUAUAUCUUGUUAUACAGUUGUGCUCAUAAGUUUACAUACCCUAGCAGAAUAUGUGAUCUGGCCUUUUGUCAGAGAAUAUGAAUAACUCACAAACGUUUCUUUUACUCAUGUGGUUGGGUGAAGCCAUUUAUUGUCAAACAACUGUGUUUACUCUUUUUAAAUCAUAAUGACAACAGAAACUACCCAAAUAACCCUGAUCAAAAGUUUAUCUACAUCUCUGACCUUAUCUGCCUUUACACUUCCACCCGUCCUCUUUGCUCUUCUAAUGCACGCUGACUCUCCUGCCUACGGAUUACUUCCUCCCACUCCUACCUCCAAGAUUUUUCACGUGCUGCACCAUUUCUCUGGAAUUCCCUACCUCUCCCCUUCAGACUCUCCACCUCUCUACAAAACUUUAAAUGGGCUCUCAAGACCCACUUCACCAAACCCAGCCAAAUCUCAUCCUAACCCUCUGUUCCACGCUCUCUAUGUACCCCAGCUGUGUCACUCAUCUGUCUACCCCUCCCCUUUAGAAUGUAAGCUCUCACGAGCAGGGCCCUCUUCCCUCAUGAGCUUAUUUCUUACUUUAAGAAUCUUCAACUGCACCAAAUCCAGCAGUCUGCUGAUGUAACUAUGUUUAUUUUCCCUGUACUUGUCCUAUACUGUCAUCAACUGUAAGUUGCUGUUUUCCUGUUUGAUUAUUUGUUUAUGUACUCUGUAAUUAGGUGCUGCGGAACCCUUGUGGCGACAUAUAAAUAAAGGAUAAUAAUAA